UUUUUUUUUAAACUUCAGACUCAACCUCAUUCUGUGCUCCUCCUCGUACUCCCACUAACAUUACAAAGUCAAAUAUCGGUCGAGGAAGACUUUGGAUAUCAUUGCCGUUUGGAAAUGGAGCGAUCAAACCAACAAGUGCGAUUCCUGACGGAAGAAGUGGUAGAAAUCAGCAUCUUGAAAUAACAAGGACAAUGGGUGUGUCAUCUUAUUUUUCUCUACUUGGUUAAACUCUCUCUUUUACUUUCUCUCAUCUAUCUCUCAUUGCGAUGGGAUUUUCUUCAAAAUCUCUUUUUUUUUUCCUACUUGGCUGGACUCCCUAUCCUUUUCUCUCAGCUCUCUUCGUUAUGGUGAUGAUUUUUUUUUUGAAGAUAUUUUCCCAUGUCUUUGGUCUUUUCUCUAUCUUGUUUGUCUCUUCCCAUUUGGUUGGUCUUAUUGAUCUAUUGUCAUUCUCUUCUGUGGUCUUAUACUGUUACUUUCUUUCUUGUGUUUCCCUCCAUUCAACGAGUCCAGUUGCGCUUACACUAUAUGUUUUGGUAUGGUCAUCUCUUUGAUUGACAUAAUACAACAGCACCGGUUUAUGACACAGCCAAGAUAAUAUGUAAGUUUAAAAAAAAAAAAAAAAAAAUUAAAAGUACAAGCUAAACUGAUAUACAUAUUUUAUUAUAGGUACAAGACCCACAACUUGCAUCAAAUAUGCGUGAUUUCCGGAACAAAGAAGCCUGGCAACCUUCAUACGUUUUUGACACCAAUUUACAAGGAACUCGAUCUUCUA